AUGGCAGGAAAAUAUUGCGAGGCGGCUAUAGGAUUUCUACUAAGAAGUUUUUCCAACAGAAGAUUCUUUUGGAUAUGUGUCAUCAUUCUCUCUGUUUGGAACAUGGCAACGAUUUUUAUGCUUAUGAAGAAUCGAUCUGAUACAGAUUCGACCACCAUUGGGGUAACAACGUCCUAUAUUAGUUGGAUUAACACCUUUCCGGCCGUUAGCAUUUGCUUGUCGAAGAACAGAAUUACCAAAGAGUUUUCGGAGGCAGUGAAACGUCGCUCUGCUGACGGACAUUCUCCUUCCUAUACAUACAUCAGAACAUUGUACGAUUACCUUUUUAUAAAUCCAAAUAAUUUGUAUUUGAAAGAAGAAUAUUGCAAGGAGUUCAAUUCGACCUGUGGAGUGGAUAUUUUAGGCAUGAGAAAAGAGUUGUUUGCCAGCUCGUGUACAGAAUUUAUAGAAAAAAUUUACUUCUCUGAAAAACUUCUGCCCAACUGCGAGGAAAUAUUCAAGUUUCACGAGCUAGAAAUGGGAUAUUGCUUUCUAGCCAACAACUUGAUUGAUUAUCAAAGUAUCGAAAAAAUGCCACUGGUGUAUUCUUCAUUGGACGAAUUCCGGAAUCUGAGAUUAGUUCUGCGAAGUGGCCUCAUAUACCGAUACGAUCUAUACAUUCACAGCCCGGAAAACCAGCCGUACUUUAAUGCUUUAGCCUAUACGAUUACAUCGGAUCCAUCAGUGCACAGCUUCAAUGUGGAAGGUAUAGAGAAUAACCAUGAUGUAAUUGAGGAGCCAGUCUCUCAACGAAUGUGCAAGUUCGACACGGAGACCAGUGACAAUAAUGUGCUAUACAGCUUUUCCACAUGCAUGUCCAAAAUACGAAGUGAAAUUGAAAUGAAUCUCUGCAAUUGCACUUUAUUUAGCCAGAGUAAAAACAGUUCCAUAAAUUAUUGCGGUGUCGAAGGAAUUUCGUGCCUGGACAAAGGUAGUGGGAAAUAUUCUUCUAGUUCUAGUGAUUGCAGUGUAAAAUUGUACAAAAUUCUUUCAGGAAAUCUACCAGCAAGAGUAAUUAGACAUGUGGGCUCUAAUAUGGCAUGUCUGCCAUCCUGCAUGGAGCAGCAGAUAAGCUACGUUGGGUCUCGCGAGAAAAAUCAUAACGAUUACGGAGACUCAAACAUGGUCGAAAUCGAAAUAACAUCACCACCAACAGCCAAAUAUUUCCGAACAGUCACUCAAACCAAACUGGAUUUAGUUGUUGCUGUUGGUGGUGUUAUUGGCCUUUUCACUGGUGCAUCCUUGCUGAACAUCUUGGAAGUUAUUUCAAUUAUUUUUUCUAAGAUUAAGCGCACUUUUACACGAUAAACUAUCCGUAACGUGCUGCAAA